AUGAGCGGGGAUGUCCUCCUCGCGCCUCGCGCUGUCGGCGGCCCAAUCGAGGACGUGGUGCCGCUGUCCGUAGCUGCCACCGGAACCAUUCUUGUUUACGACUACUUAUGCACGCUCGACGAUGAGGUGGAAUACGUAUGGAAGUCACGACAAACCCUCGGCACGGUCCUCUUCUUCCUCAACCGAUACACGCCAUUCAUUGAUACCUUCGUCUCGCUCAAUCUAUUAACUGCUAGACAUUCGCGGGAGGAAUGCGAACGUAACUUCAAAGUCGUUCUCUGGUUGAUCACCCUUGGCACCCUUAUAUCCGAAUCAAUCUUAUGUCUACGCACAUACGCGCUUUGGGAACGCCGCCGCUCCAUCGGCAUGACCCUCGCAAUAGUCUACGGUCUCAUCUUCUCUGCUGGCGUAGGCGUCGUCUCCCUGGAAGCCGACUCUCUCGUCUACGAGGACCCGCCUGAACCCGGCGUCGCAGGGUGCUUCCUCCGACAUGCAAGCGCUAUCGUCUUCAUCGACUACGUUCUCGUACUCGUGGCAGAGACAAUUAUGGCAAUACUCACCGUGAUCAAAGCCGUCCAGCACCUUCGCCACACCCGCUCGCCCAUGGUCGUCACCCUCUACCGAGACGGCAUCCUAUUCUACUUCAUGCUCCUAGGCAAGUCCCCCUCCCGCUCCUUCCCUCCUGCAAGCCUAACACCCCGCUCAGCGAUAACAAUCGUAAACGUUAUCAUCCCCGUCGCAGGCCCCCCCGCACUAACAAAUUGGCUCGCCACCCCCCAGCGCGUAAUGCACAGCAUCCUCUGCACGCGCGUCCUCCUCUUCAUCCUCAAAUCCCCCUCUCACCAAAGAACCCCGCCGCCCUCGCAGCCCACGACGGCGAGCACGCUCCUCUCCUCGCUCAGCCCUGCGAGCUUCCUCGCAACCGUGCCCGCGCACUGGCAUGGCGAGGCGUGCGACGACGCUCGGGUGCCGGCCGCCGAGGACGGCGUGGAGGUGUUCGAGAUGGACGACUUCGGUGGGCCAGGCAGAGGGGAGGAGGGCGUGGAUAGGGAGCGGGUGAGCCGCUUGCGCGGUGGGGGUGGGUGGGAUCCGUGA